AUGGGCAGACCUGCACCUUUUGGUGGUCUUUGCAGCAGAAGUACGGGUAAUGUUGAGAAUUUCAUGGUAUGCUUCGAGCAAGAAGUAAACUUUGUGAUUCUGCUUUUGGCAAGCUUGGUGGGUGCCCGCGACCACUGUUCCGGGCUUCACAAGAGAUUGCUGCUCAGCAAGUACCGCGCGGAAGUUACAAGUACCUGUCGCCGGGGCUCGAGCUCAGCACUCACCAUGGCUGCUGUGCCUGUGGUGCUCUGCGACAUCACGAACCAGGCAUCUGCACCUGACGGUUGUGACCUUCUCUACACGCCAGAGACGCUGCGAACUCCAACCAGAAAGCCUUUCAGUUUGUAUUUCACAGAGGAUGACAGCGAGAUGUAUGAGCAGAACCACAGAGUGCCGCAAAGUGGGCGACCAUCAACCUCCGGUUGCAGGGCGUUGUCGGAGGGGUCUUGUCUUCGAAGGAGCUCCGUUGGAAAGUCGCAAGCUCGGCGCACUUCUAUCUUGGAGCUCGGACCGGAGGAGAGAAUGCGAGCUCUGGGUGUCCGAGACACCAUGCUGCCAAGCGGAUUCCCUCGAGCAGGUGCCUGCAUCUCCAGCUGCUUGUGCGGGCUGUCAGAGCUUCCGAGGUGGCAAAAGGCGCUGAUUGCCGGUGGUGGCCUUGCGGUCGCCGGUGCUGGCCUGUACAUUGCACAAGCAGCAGGCGAUGUCUACCAGGUGGAAGAUGUCGAUCGCUUCUACCAAGUCGUGGAUCCCGACAUGGGAAUCAAUCUGCGCGCUGAGCCAGACACCUUUGCAGCAGGCACUGCAUACGUCCUCAUACCCGGCGAGGCAUUUCACGUGUCUCGCGUUAUCCGACAUGGGGGCCAGGAGUACCUUUCCCUUAGCGACGGGCGUGGUUGGGCCUUUACACGGAGCAAAGCUGGUGCAAUAAUUUGUGAGAGAUGUACCGAAGAGGAGGUCCAGCAAGCUGGAGGCACAGCCUUGGAUCAGGUGGAGGCAAUGCUCAGGAGCAACCUUGCGCUCUGCAAGCAGCUCGAGGCUUCCGAGACAGAGGAUUCCCUCAGGCAGAUGGCCAAGAGGGUGCUGCUUGCAAAAGAAGAGAUGCCAAGCUGA